UUCCUUUUCUUUCUAGUUCUGGAUUAUUUCCAUUAUUUUACGAUGAACGAACCUAUCGCCAUCAUAGGCAGCGGAUGUCGACUGGCGGGCGGGUGUGAUUCACCCUCGACGCUCUGGACUCUUCUCCAACAACCCUACGACGUUUCCCAAGACUUACCCCCAAAUAGAAUUCCCCCAUCACGACACAAUGCCUCUCCUCGCGGGUAUUUUCUUUCACAGGAUGUCGCCAACUUUGACGCUUCCUUCUUCAACCUUAACCCCCUGGAGGCGCAAGCUAUGGAUCCUCAGCAUCGACUGUUACUAGAGACAGUCUACGAGGCGCUGGAGGAGGGAGGAAUGCCCGUCGAGGGAUUGCGUGGUUCCGACACCGCGGUAUAUACGGGGGUGAUGUUCCAUGACUAUUUAACGCUCAGUAGUCAGGACAAUGAUUCAAUCUCUACGUAUCACAUUACAGGCACGGCGCCGAACAAGGCCUCGAAUCGCAUCUCGCAUUUUUUCGACUGGCAUGGCCCGUCUGUGACGGUGGAUACUGCCUGCUCAUCCAGUCUGGUCGCUCUUCAUCAAGCGGUGCAGCAGCUACGGACAGGGGAAUCUCGCUUAGCCGUAGCAGCGGGGGCCAACCUGCUUCUUGACAGUCGUCCCUUCAUUGGAUUCAGCAAUCUAGGCAUGCUCUCUUCCACCGGAAGCUGCAAAAUGUGGGAUACUAGCGCCGAUGGGUACGCCCGUGGGGAGGGGAUCACGGCCAUCCUGUUGAAGCCACUUUCCCGCGCCCUCGCCGACGGCGACACCAUCCAAUGCGUGAUCCGAGAAACCGGGGUGAAUCACGACGGACGUACCAGUGGGAUUACACUACCUAGCGCAGCGGCUCAGGUGAGCCUCAUUCAAGACGUUUACCGUCGUGCCGGGCUGGAUCCCACCCAGCCCAGUGAUCGACCUCAGUAUAUUGAAGCCCACGGUACUGGCACCCAAGCCGGAGAUCCGGUGGAGGCAGAGGCGCUAGCCACAGCCUUUUCGCUCACAUCUACGCCAGACCACAGCGAGAUCUGUCCUGUAUGGGUAGGCAGCAUCAAGACGGUGGUCGGUCACACCGAAGGCGCUGCGGGCCUGGCUGGCGUCCUGAAAGCAUCUCUGGCCCUACAACAUGGGAUAAUUCCGCCAAAUCUGGGUUUCCAACAGCUGAAUCCGAAGGUUGCACCGUAUUGUACUCAACUGACUGUCCCAACCAAGGCUGAGCCAUGGUCCAAGAGGUCAUCAUCCUCCGCUACUCCACGUCGAGCCAGCGUCAACAGCUUCGGGUUCGGAGGCACCAACGCCCAUGUCAUCUUGGAGUCCGUCGGGCUGCCGGAGGUCCCGCCUUCUGGAAGUUCUUCGCAGGCGCCAACAUCGUGCUCAUCGUCUAUUUUCCCCUACGUCUUCUCGGCCGCCUCAGAAAGGUCGUUGAUAGGGAUGCUCAACCGAUACAACGAGUACCUGCAAGCCCGCCCAUCUAUCGACCCAGCACAUCUAGCAUCAACACUGGCCGGACAGCGAUCCCUUCUUCCCGUCCGCAUUAGCUUCCCGGCGUCCUCGCUAGAGGUAUUACAGGAACGUCUCGCUGCGAUCCUCGCCGCCGAGUCCCCGUCGGCGGGCCACCGCUCCCCAUUACGAGAAUCACGCAUCCUCGGAAUAUUCACGGGUCAAGGUGCCCAGUGGUCGCAGAUGGGUGCGGGCCUGCUCGCGGCGUAUCCACCGGUGGCCUCAUUCCUCGAUAGCCUGGAUGCCUCCUUACAAUCUUUGCCCGAGGAGGACCGACCUUCCUGGUCCCUACGCGAGGAACUGCAGCGACCCUCCGAGGAAUCACGCCUGGAGGUCCCCGAGAUCUGCCAACCCGCCUGUACCGCGGUACAACUGAUGCUCGCCCACCUGUUACAAGCUGUCGGCGGGGUCUCGUUCGCCGCGGUGGUAGGCCAUUCCUCUGGCGAGAUUGCCGCCGCCGCGGUCGCCGGGUUCCUACGCCCCAGGGACGCUAUCCGCAUCGCCUUUUAUCGAGGCUUGCACGUCAGUCGCAUGCUCCCCGCCCUGCCCAAGGAGGGCCAGAUGAUGGCCGCGGGUCUGUCCCAGGCCGCGGCGGAAGAGCUGGUCAACACCGUUGCAUUUGAGGGGCGAGUGGGGGUAGCAGCAGUGAAUUCCUCAUCCAGCGUGACGCUCUCGGGCGACGCAGAUGCAGUAGCGGAGAUGAAAGCCUACCUGAAUAGUUGCAAGGUCUUCAACCGGCUGCUAAAGGUUGGAACCGCGUAUCACUCGCAUCAUAUGCGCGCGUGUGCUGCCGAGUAUCACGCCUCGUUGGCCCGGUGUCAAGUAGAGGUCCUGCGUCCUUCGGGCGACAACGCCCCGCGCUGGUACUCGAGCGUACGAUCGGGGCAGGCCAUGAUCUAUGAGAGUCAUUAUGAGAGUCAAAAUGUCGAGAGAAGCAUAGAACUAGCCGCAUCGUACUGGGUAGACAACUUGGUGAAUCCUGUGCUCUUCUACCAUGCGGUUUCCAGCGCCAUCACAAACCGUGAGAUGGAGGUGAAUUUCUGUCUCGAACUCGGUCCACAUCCGGCCCUUCAGGGGCCCGCCAUGCAGACGAUAAUUGAAACCCGUGGCUUGACACUCCCUUAUUCAGGAACCCUUCACCGGAGCAAGGCAGACAAAAUGGCGAUUUCGGAAUGUCUAGGUGACUUGUGGGUGCAUCUGGGGAGUGCGGGAGUCCCCAAUCUCCAAGCCUUCGGGCACACACCACACAGGCCGGGUCUGACGGACCUGCCGAGGUAUCCUUGGGACCAUGAGCAUAGCUUCUGGGUCCCAGGACCGUCAACCCGCUCUACCAGACGGCGUGUCACGCAGCAUACGAUGUGUAAAACUCCAGUCCACAGCUUGCUAGGGUCACGAGACGAGCUGGUUGAAGCAGUUGACGCGACCAAAGUGUACCACUGGUCAAAUGUAUUGUGUGCUGACCGGCUGAAUUGGCUGCGCGGACAUAUUCUUCAAGGGCAGAUCAUCUUUCCAGCCACGGGGUACCUGGCAUUGGCAGUGGAGGCUGCCCUGCAGGUGGCCGCUGGACGACCAGUGCAAGCGAUUACCCUUGAGGAAGUUGACUUCCUCAAGGCCCUUCGGGUGAACGAGAAGGAUGGAGCCAGCACCACCGUCAGUGCUCAGGUGUCUCGUGAUAAUGAGCAGGUGGUGCAGGCAAGGUUCAGAGUGGAUGUGGACCCGACAGAGGAAACGAGCCGAUCUACUCCUGUGGCCACGAUGAACAUCACGGUCCACCUGGGCAACCCGGUCGAGGAUCUUCUGCCCGAAGCAACCUCCUCUCCGUCGCCAGCAAUGAUGACGGAUCUGGAUCCCAGACACGUGUACAGCCAUCUGGCCGAGCUAGGCUACGAAUACACGGGUCCCUUCCAGCGAAUUGCCCGCAUCCGUCGAUCACUGGGAAAGGCGCUCGCAGGAGUAGACUGGAGAAAGGCGGCAGAAGACGAACCAGUCCUGCAUCCGGCGUUGCUAGACAAUGCGGUACAGGUUCUGUUUUCGGCCUUCACAGAUCACCGGGAUGGGAGUCUGUGGAACCUGUACAUGCCCGUCUCAAUCGAGCGGGUCACGGUCAAUCUCCCCCUCUGCAGCUCUGGGGAAUGUGAUACGCAAUUCACGGUGGAGAGCUAUGUGCACCAGGUAGACCCGCACGGUAUCUGUGGCGACGUCUCUAUGUUCAAUGCCGCCGGGCAAGGCGUCGUCCAGAUGGAACGGAUCAACACCAUGCCCGCCUCCCCCGCCACGGCCGACAACGAUCUCCAACUCUUCUCUGAGACUCGAUGGGGCGUGGCUGAGCCCAACGGCGAGCUGGCGCUCGGCGGUCGGCGAGCAACACUGGCGAUGCUGGCCAAAACCAUUGACUGGGAACGGGUGGCCCUGUACUAUAUCUCUCAAAUCAGUGGGCAGUUCGUCGACGCGGAGACUGGAUUACGAACGACGGCGGUUGAUUUCGAACCCCAUCAUGGAGCCUUCCUCGACUUUUGCAUCUGGCUACAGGAGACCGUCCGCACGGGCCAACACCCGUACGCUUCGCCGCAGUGGUUGAAGGACAGUGCAGAGCAGAUAGAUCAGAUCCGAAGCCAAUACUCAGCCGAUGACAUCGACUUCAGACUCAUUCGCAUGGCGUCAGAGGUUCUUCCAGCGGUCAUCCGACAUGAUACGACGAUGCUACAGAGCUUCAUGGCUGAUGAUACCUUGAGUGAGUGGUAUCAGAACAGCCUGGUAUGCGCGCCCGCCCAGGAGCCGCUGGGCGCGAUCAUUGCCCAGCUCGCCCAUCGCUAUCGUCUGCUCCAUGUGUUGGAGAUUGGAGCAGGUACAGGCUGUGCUACACGCUCGGUCUUGCCCGCUCUGGGCGACGCUCUCGCACGCUACACGUUCACCGACGUGUCGGCGGGUUUCUUCGACAAGGCGGCGCAGCAGUUUGCCCCCUUCGCCGACCGGAUGGAGUUCCAAACCUUUGAUCUCGACGUGGAUCCCAUGGAGCAAGGGUUCAAGGAAGGCAGCUAUGAUGUGGUUGUCGCCUAUGCGGUGCUGCAUGUGGCGACCUCGCUGAAGGAUGCCCUGCGCCGGGUCCGGCGGCUGUUAAAACCUGGCGGAUUCCUGAUCCUGACAGAGGUGCUGGGAGAUGGGCCCAUGGCGCUGGGGCUAAUCUUCGGAGGCUUCACAGGCUGGUGGGCUGGUUGCGAGGAAGGGCGUCGCUACUCGCCGACUGUCUCGUUGGAAACUUGGCAGGAGCUGCUGGCAGCCACCGGGUUCUCUGGCGUCGAUACGCACACUCCGCUGAAAGAUCCCAUUGCUUGGCCUAUCAGUGUCAUGGUCGCGCAAGCGGUGGACGAACAAGUUGGCUUGUCGCCAGAGCCGGUCUUGGAGGAGUUGGUCAUCGUCACUGAGCCUAGCUUCCCCCAGCCCGAAAUUCUACAGGGAGUGCAGACGCAGUUGGCAGCCCAUACACAUAACCUUACGCUCUUCCAUUCCUUGGAGGAGCUCAAUGGCGCUUCGUUUCCCAUCAAACCAACAGUGCUUAACCUGGCCCAUCUGGACCCGGAGAGCGUAAGGCCAUCAGAAGAGGCCUGGCAAGGGCUGCAGACUCUUGUAGACUCCGCUCGACAUAUGCUAUGGAUCACUGAUGACUACCGCGCUGGUAAUUCUUCAUCUGCUCUGUCGGUUGGUUUGGCACGGUCUCUGGCUCAUGAAUUGCCUCAUUUGCGCUUACAAAUGAUCGACAUCAGCCGCGAGGCUGACCCUGAUACGAUCGUUCGAGUCAUUACUAAGAGCCUGCUGCGCCUGGUCAGCACGAGUGAUCCUGACGCACUUCCCACCCUCGAGCCGGAGCUGGCACUGGAUUCGACCGGCCAGCUACUGGUACCACGAUUGCACCCCUUGGAGCCGGCCAACAACCGGCUCAACAGCUCAAGGAGGAAGAUCCCGGCUCUCAUUCAUGUGGAAACACAAGCGUGUUCGUUAGAAUGGCACAGGGAUAUGUUCACUUUGGUCGACAAGAGUCCCUUCCAUUCGGAUGAGGGGAUUGACUCUCGCGUCGUACGCACGACCCGCUCGGCAUUGACAGCCCUGCCGACCCGUGAUGGACCGGUCUUCCUGCACCAGGGCGUCGACUCUGUCACCGGCGAAACCGUGGUGGUGGCCUCCAAUGAGAUAUCGUCAAUCUUGACAGCACCGAAACUGUCAUCGAUCGCUGUGAGCCCCGAGAUAAGCCGACACUCCCAAUACUUUGGCCUUCUGGUCGCCCACCUUCUCAUCGCGUCUGUCGUGAAGGACAUCGCGCCUGGAACUAGCGUUCUGCUCUAUGCCUUUGAUCCUCCAGCGGCCACUUAUCAAGCCAUCUGGACCUUCCAACUCCAGGCGAAGAAAUGCCAGGUCCACUACCUCACAGGCAGUAAAGAAUUGGCUACUAUGGGGCCGUGGGUGUACUGCAAUCCGCGGGCUCCCAGACGAGUUUUGAACGCCGCUUUUCCCAAAGACCUUCAAGCCAUUAUCAAUCUCUCGGACGACAAUGCUGCUCCGACACAGACACUGGACUCUCUCCGAGGGCAUUUCCAACGAUAUGCACCUCCAUCUGGGGUCGCCGAAGUAUUCAUUCUGCCAGCUCUUCCGCUACUAACAGACUUGACUGAGCUGCUCAGUGAUGCUCAUACGGCCGCAGAAGAGUACAUCGUGUUGAAUGUGAGCGCGCACCAUCCAGAAUACGGGCUACCAGAUCUCCUGGACUGUCAACCUGGGUCACUGCCAGGGGUUUCCAUUGUCAACUGGUCCUGCCCGAUCCCCCUGCCCGUCCACUAUCAGCCCAUCGAUGCGUUCACGCAGAUCCUGCGUCCGGAUAGAACCUAUUGGCUCGUUGGCUUGACCGGUGAUCUCGGCCAGUCGUUGUGCGACUGGAUGGUUCUCCAUGGCGCUCGAACGAUUAUUUUAACGAGCCGACGCCCACAAAUGUCAAAAGACUGGGUCGAAAAACAUCGCCAAAGUCACGGAGCCAAUAUAAUCACCAUAGCUGGAGAUAUUACUUCCCUACCCAAUCUCCACGCAAUCCACAAAACAAUCACAACAACAUACCCCCCGCUAGACGGCAUUGCCAACGGCGCCAUGCUCAUGCGUGAAAAUUUCUUCACCCAAACCACCGCAGCCGAACUACACGAAGUCCUACAACCCAAAGUCCAAGGCCUCCGGUAUCUCGACAACCUGGUCGGCGACCAACCCCUCCAAUUCUUCAUCGCGUUCUCUUCCAUCCUCGCCACGCUAGGCAACCUAGGCCAGAGCGCCUACACCGCAGCCAACGUCGCCUCGGAAGCGCUCAUCACACAGCGGCGGCGACGCCAUCUAACAGGCUCCGUGAUCCAGAUCUCCCGUAUGACGGACGUCGGGUACGUAAAACGGCAGCGGGCUCAGUACUCGGCGCAGGAAAUGGCGCGGCUGGAGGCGUAUUGUCUGCCGAUGGGGGAGCAGCACCUGCAUGCCUUGUUCGCGGAGGGAAUUCGAGCAGGGCGACCUUUACAAGCAUCCCCAGCAUCUGAUGUAGCCCAGGGGUCAGUGAUCACAGCCGGAAUUCCCCAGGUCGAUAUGAAUGAUCCAGAGGAUUCAGUGAGGCGAGGCGUGACGUGGGCGACGAACGUCCGCUUCUCGCACUACUGGAAACAGGAAAACUGCUUGCGUCGUGAGUAUGGUGACAUGCGGGGUGGUGAGGAGGGCAAGAACGCUGCUUCGACGCGAGCGCGGCUGGCACAGUCUAAGUCAAAGGAGGAAGCCCAGAUGAUUAUUUUAGAUGGUAUCGUCUACAAAGUGCGUUCCAUUCUUCAUCUCCCUGCUGAUCAACCGGUUCUCGGAACCACGGCACUAGUGGAUCUGGGCGUGGACUCGUUGAUCGCGGUGGACAUCCGAGCGUGGAUCAUGGAAGAGUUGGGGGUGGACGUGCCCGUGUUGAAGCUGUUGGCGGGUAUUACCGUCGAGGAGAUUGUUCGCGAGGCAACGGCAGGCCUGGGUGAUGUCACGCAGGCAGCCUGA